AUACGAAUGGUGGUUGAUACGAGAAUAGCAGAAAAAUUAUCGGAAAAUAAUUAAAACGAGAUACAUUUGUGAAAAUAGGAGUAUAUAAUUGUAUAUAUUUCAUUUUUUAAUUAUUGUGGGAGCUAAAGAUGAGUGUUUUACCAUAUCAACCAACAAGCGAUGAGGAUAUCUUUCGCCUAUGCACAAAGGAAUGCGGGAUCAUCACAGCCACAGAGGAUCAGCAAUACUUUGCAUUAGGCUGUAUGUUUUGUCCGACCAAAUUUCUGUAUUUCGACGCUUUUAUUGGACAUAUGCAAACAGAUCAUGGACCACAAACACUGGGCCAAAAGGGACUGUUUGGUGAUAUGCUGGGACUCGGUUAUAAUGGCUCCUAUAGUGAAAAUGAUAGCGGUCAUAGUGGCGUCGCCGCAGAAGAUCUUACAGACACCGAUCCCUCGCUUUUAGUACCACAAACAGUUAUGAUUAAAGAGGAAGUAGGAGAUGACGCAUUAGAACCACCAAAACAUGAUGACUCCAUAAUUACAGGAUUAUCAACAGAAAAUGAAUUAGCAGACACUGUGAAUUCUAUGUACCCAGUCAAACAGGAGCAUUCAGAGCCGGAAGUUGCAAUGGAAGCAGACGGUGAGAGCUAUAUGCCUGAUAACUAUGGAAAUUAUGAAGAUUUCACUAAUAAUGGUGAUGAAGAUGAACACAAUUAUCAAGAAGAUGAUGAGAAUAAUUAUGAUGACUUAGUUGAACAAUCGUUAUUGGGCGGAAACCAUGAAAUGGAAUCAGGUUUAACUAUGCAUAUAAAAGACCGCAAAAUGAUUCAAUUUCUUAUCGACUCUUAUCGGCGCAACACAUUUCUUUGGGAUCAUCGACAUCCACAAUUUCGUGAUCGUUCUAAAAGACAGCACUUUCUCGAUUGGAUUGUAAUGGAAUUUAAGCGGCGGUUUAACUUAUCUUUGGCAAAGGAUGCAGUUACCCGAAAGUGGGACAAUUUAAGAACUGUAUAUAAAAGGGAAUGCAAUCGAAUGUCUUUAGAAAAUACCAACAUCAGUACACUCUGGUAUUUUAAGGAUUUACAUUUUCUUAAUCGGUUUUAUGGUGGAAAUCAAAAGAUGACUGAGGCUGUCGUAAAGGAAACAGUAUACCGACGUCGGUCCUCGGCACUUUGGAAUGAUGUCUCUACUAUGAAACUUUUAUCAAUGGUCGAACAAUAUCCAUGUUUUUAUAAUAAAUACAACAUAGACUACCGUAGCAAAGAAAAACGAGGAGAAGCACUACAGCAAAUGGCGGCAGAACUGCAAAAGAUGAUUGAGGUCAGCACCAUACAAAUAUCAAAGCGUAUUUCUCAAUUGCGUUUUGAUUACUCCAAACAAAAACAAGAACGUUUGCUAUGCGAGCAAAACAAUAAAGUGUUUAUGCCAACUUACAGUUACUACGAUCAAAUGCAGUUUAUGGAUGCGGAUAUUGCACCAUUUAAAUGUGAAUUUUGUCCUGUUAUUGUGCAAUCACCACGAGAACUAGAUACACAUCUCAAUACGCAUCAGCCAGAGGGUACUUACGCAUGUAAUAUCUGUCCUGUUAGCUUUUUAGACGUUGAUCAGUUGAACCAGCAUAAGCAAAUACACACACCCACAAGUAAGGAGGUAAAAUACUGGUGCGACUUAUGCACAGCUAGUUUUCGAACUAAGGAAGUGUACGAUGAACAUAUGCGUCGACAUAACGAUGAACUCUUACUGCCUUCAUUAGCCAAUAUCCCGCAUACAGGCAGUGACAUGGGUAUGGCGGAAAAUGAAAAUCCUCUAUUGCACAUGGAUAAUUCAGAGUACGAUGACGGCUAUUCGUGUGACAUAUGUGGCAAAUCUUUUACCAAUAUGGUGUAUCUCAAUGCGCACCGUGCACAGCAUACCAGUCCCAGUGAGCGUCCAUUCCGUUGUGAUUACUCUCAUUGCGGUCGUUUAUUUCCCACGCGACAAUCUAUGCUAGAACAUGCUAGGCAGCACUAUAACGAUGAAGAAUUUAAAUGCGACAUAUGUGGCAAAACCUUCAAAUCACUUAAAAAUCUGCAGAAUCACAAGCAAAUACAUGAUGCUAUCAAACGAUAUGUGUGUAAGAUUUGUGGCUCAGCGUUUGCGCAAGCAGCCGGCUUAUAUUUGCAUAAGCGUCGACAUAAUCGGCCAAACUCACGCAUACGUCAAGGUUACUGAUCCACUUACAUAAACCUAUAAAAGGUAUUGCAGGCAGCACUUAAAUAUAGCAUUGUAGGUUAAGCAUAUGGAAAAUCAACUACAGUAAUAUUAACACGUAUUUUGCUAUGCGCGAUAUACUUAUAGUAAUAACUGCAUAAAAUAAACAAUUUUAGAUUUUCAAGUAA